AUGGAUACCCGGCUAUCUUUCCCCAGGUACCCGCUGCUGGUGCUGCUCUGCGCGGUCGCUGCCCUGUCGGGGACCCGGAGCCCCGUGGCUGCUGCGGGGAGGAGCUGCUCCGAGACCCGGCAGGUGUACUCGGAGAAGGGGUACAGCACAGGCACCGCUCCGCUGACUCAAAUCUCCGGUGAGCACCUGCGGCUCUGUCCUCAGGACUACACCUGCUGCUCCAGUCAGAUGGAGGAAACGCUGGCUCUCCAGAGCGGGAGGGACUUCCUCAAAGCCGUCGAAGACAACAGCCAGUUCCUUUUGACCACCUUUACCCAGAGACACCGCAGGUUUGAUGAGUUCUUCCGAGAGCUUAUAGACUUGUCCGAGAAGUCUAUGAACCAGAUGUUUACCAAGACCUACGGGCGGCUCUUCACUCAGAAUGCACACGUUUUCCAGGAGCUGUUUGUGGAGCUUCGUAGAUAUUAUUCUGGGGGAAGUGUGAGUCUCACAGAGGUUUUCUCAGACUUCUGGUCCAGACUGGUGGAACGGGUCUUCUCUCUGGUCAACCCUCAGUACCAGUUCAGUGAGGACUACCUGGAGUGUGUCAGCAAACACGCUGAACAGCUGCAGCCGUUUGGAGACGUGCCCCGCAAACUGCGCGUACAAGUGUCCAGGGCUUUUAUCGCUGCCAGAGCGCUAUCUCAGGGCUUGGCUACUGGCCGGGAUAUUGUCAACAAAGCAACAAAGCUGACUGCAGAUUCAGAGUGUGUGCGCGGCCUGAUGCGUCAGUGGUACUGCCCGCUGUGUCGAGGCAUGCCCUCCCUGCGGCCCUGCCACUCCCUGUGCCUUAAUGUCAUGAAGGGAUGCUUAGCCAAUCAGGCUGACCUGGACACCGAAUGGAACAAUUUCAUUGAUGCACUGUACCAGGUUUCAGAGAAGUUGGAAGGACCAUUCAACAUGGAGCUCGCCGCUGACUCCAUCUCGGUGAAAGUGUCGGAAGCCAUCAUGCACAUGCAGGAAAACAGUGUCAGCAUCUCCACUAAGGUGUUCCAGGGCUGUGGAAACCCCAGGCCAGCUCCAGGACGGUCCAAACGCUCGCCCAAAGAGUCAGGAGGCAACAGGAGGCCUUUUCGCACCUACAGCCCUGAGGAGAAACCCACCACUGCUGCAGGCACUAACCUGGACCGACUGGUUACUGAGCUGAAGGAGCGACUGCGGCCCAUGCGGAGCUUCUGGGUGUCCCUCCCACACACCAUCUGCAAUGAUGAGAAGAUGGCUGCCGACGUCACUAAUGAGGACCGCUGCUGGAAUGGGCAGACCCGGGGGAGGUAUCUCCCGGAUGUGGCAGGCGACGGGCUGGUCAGCCAGAUCAACAACCCCGAGGUGGAGGUGGACAUUGCCAGGCCAGAUGUGAGGACCCGACAGCUGAUCAUGGAGCUGAGGGUGGUGACCAACAAAUUGAGACAUGCUCAGAGCGGACAGGACAUGGACUUCAUGGACAGUGAGGAAGGCAGUGGUUCAGGGGGUGGAGAUAAUGGUGAAAGGUACAAUGAUGACUGGCCAGGUUAUGGGCCGUACUCACCUCCCUACAACAAGCCCCCACGUAACCCUGCUUCCAAUCCCGCAAAGCCUCCUCGUGUCAGAGAAAGAAACGGGUCCAAGUGGAACAGAAACAACGGCCACGGGCGGAUCAAUUCUGCAACCGGUUGCCUUACUUUCUCCCUGGUUCCUUUGUUGUCUUUACCUCUUAUGGUCACUGUCGCCCCCAUGUGGAGAUAGCUGCUUAUUGCAGCCUGGAGGUGAAGGGAAAUGUUUGUCAUAUUGGGAGUGUGAAGCACAUAAUGAAGAAAAAAUGUCAUUCCAUUUGGUUACACCAGCAGAAAAAGACAAAACAGGCUAAUUUAGCAAUAAUUAAGAACCUGUUUACAUCACAAAAUAAAUAGGUUAAAAUGAAUAUUUUUUCCUAAUGCCCAAGCCACAAAACAGGUAUUAUGUUUAAUGAUUACAAACAGUGCUGAAUUAAUGAUUACAACCAUCUUUUAGUGCCAUUUUGUAAGAUGUUUGACCAAUUAGAGUCUUGCUGAACAAAGCGCUGUGCUGGGAUGUUCAAGUCUUUGGGAAAAGGGAACAAAAAGACUGCAACAGCAAAUGAAUUAGUAUGUUUGGGUGAUGGAGCUGAUGUUCUCCUGGUUUGGUGGUCUGUGAGAUAGAAAUUACAGUAGUCGUGCCAGUCAUUACUGUGUAGUUUCAGUGAGCAGCUGAUUUGAUCACCUGAGUUUGCUCCUUUGCUGAUCUUUUCAUGAAAUUCAGUUAAUUUAAUCGUUCUUGGUUUCAGUCUGGUCGUCGUUCUUUUUGUCUAAUAGAGGUAGUAAGAUGUAAUUUAAUCAUUUAAAGCUCCGCAUUUAGGCUCUGAAAUUAAAAACAAGUCAGCAGGAUGACUCUUAAAACCAAACGAGGGGCUUACUUGGAAUGUACGUAAAAGCUCAAAUUCUUUUUGAGUUACUUGUAAUGACAAGAAGUUGUUUAAUGUAAUAUAUUGAUGCCUUUAAUUUAUUUCUGUUAUAUUAAUAUUCAUUUGUUUUUAUUGCUAUGAUUUUUAAGGAAAGGGUUGAGUGUUUUUAUCUUCUAAAAGAAGAAUUUGUCAUGAACUUUCUCUGGUUAAAAAAAAAAAAGAAAAAUGGAAAAAUCAAGUUGUAUUUAUUAGACCAGUAUAUCAAACAAAUCACAACUAAACACUUAAUCAUUGUAAAAUAUUGUACCAGAAGACCAGCUGCAGUCAUUCUCUGGUAUUUUUCGUCUUAACCAGGGGUUGUUAGUUUUGAGUGUGUGUGUGUGUGUUUGUAUGUAUGAUGGUUUUGUAUUGUUUUUUGUAUGUUCUGGUUUCAUGUUACAACGUUGAGGUCAUGUUGAGAAGGUGUUUUUUAAUAGUGCGUUUUUUCUACUUAUUUUUCCUAAAAGCAACAAAAGAUGAUGAUAAACACUGAGUGAGCUCACGAUGUGAUGUAAAAUUGGAUCGAAUGUUUACGGAAAGACUGUCAAGAACUGAGAGACAAUGGCUCUUAAUUUUCAUAUGCUGAAUGUGUUUUGACAAAGAAGAAAAAGCAAAGAUGCGAAGAAUGUCGUCCGAGGAGAAUGGACUUAGGGGUGAUGAAAGUUUUUUGAUUUGAUCCCAAAAGAGAACAGUAUCAAAGAUGGAGAAUUAAAAAAAGAAUGUAUAGAUGCUGCGAACAGACACUUUUCUGUAGAGGGAAGACUUGUAAAACCCCACUUUGUUGUAACAGAAGCACACUUCCCUGUUCAGUACAAAGAAAGAGAAAAGGUUUCACUCUGAAACAUAUCAAAUUGUUUAUGUCAAAGGUGAAUCAAUCCUCCAAAACGUCUCUCCUUAAGAAAUAAUCAGUGAAAGAAAGGUACAACAUUCAACAUUGGUAUUAACCAGCCAUUGAUGCCAGCAGUUUUGUUUGGAGCAUUUAUGUCAAACUUGUCAAAAGAUGGAAAUCUCAUUUUGAAAUGAAACCCUUCGAAGUCAGUGUAGGGACCAUUUAUUAGACACAAACACAGUGUUAUGUUGCACAAAUGAAACAAAGUAUUUCACAAUAUUUCAAAAGCAACAGUAUUGUAAUAUGUGCUUUUGAUGAUCAUCAUUCAGAUUAGUCCGUGGUGGCUGCAAUAUUUCAUUACUGAAUUUCAGGUGAAUCGUUCUUUAGUACAACCUCUCAUCCAUUCCCACCACUCGCACAUUCCAUUAUGGUGAAAGUAUAGCACAACUUUUUUCAUGUUGUUGUAACUGUUUUUUGGUAACAAACAAGUGAUAUUUUCUGCUUCAUUAAAAAACGGAAAAAAAUAA